CAGCGCUCGCUGCGGCUGAGCAUAAACGCGCGCGAGCGGCGGCGGAUGCACGACCUGAACGACGCGCUGGACGGGCUGCGCGCCGUCAUCCCCUACGCGCACAGCCCGUCGGUGCGCAAGCUCUCCAAGAUCGCCACGCUGCUGCUCGCCAAGAACUACAUCCUCAUGCAGGCGCAGGCCCUGGACGAGAUGCGGCGCCUCGUGGCUUACCUCAACCAGGGCCAGGGCCUGGCGGCGCCUGUGACCGCGGCGCCCCUGGCGCCCUUCGGCCAGGCCGCUGUAUACUCUUUCUCCGCGGGCGCCCCGCUGCCCUGCCCAGACAAGUGCACCGCCUUCUCCGGGACGCCCUCGGCGCUUUGCAAACACUGUAACGAGAAGCCAUGAGGGCCCCGGCCGCCCCUCCUCCCGCACGCGUCCUGCAUUUUCCCUUGCUCCCACGACCGUGUCCCCCUGCCCCGACUGAACCCCGCCCACCGGAGAAGGCGGCCGGACGUCGCUUCCAGCCCGUGCGCGCUCAACCGCGCGCGUAGGGCCGCGAGAAGCUCCGAGCACGUCUGGGCACAGGAUUGAGCCGCAGAGCGGGGGCACUGGCAUCUGCGCCCCGAGCCCGCAGCGCGCCCGCUGGGCAACCUUCCGACGGGUGACAAACCCUGCUUGUCCGGGCACCGCCGCUCACCCUGAAAAAGAAAACCAGGACUACAGCCGGAGCGGGGACCUGCGUGACCCCGGGGGAGUGGUCCUGCUUGGCGCCAGCCGGGUUCUCCUGGAGCGCAGGGAGAGCGCUUAGCUUGGCUUGGCAGCUCAGGGCCCUCGCCUUGGGCUCUGGCCAAACUGCAGGGCCCGCUCCUGCUGGGUGUGUUCCUGACAUCGCAUGGCGCUGGCGCCCGGUUACCUCCCGUCUCUGAGGCUCAGCGACCAUCGCCCCUGCAGCCCGGCGGCCUGAUGGGCCCCGACCCAGCCUGCAACUGUCCUUUGCAAAGGAGCUGGACUGCCCAUGAAACCGGAAGACCCUGGGCAGUAGUUUUUCUGGUCUCUCCAGUCAGAGUGUGUUAUGUUAAUUUUCUUGCCUGCCUAGAGGCGCGAACCUCUAAGAGGUGAGCGGAGCCAACGCUGCCUCCAAGUCUGCGGAAUUUGUUCCCUAUACAGUCCCUGGACUCCCCGGCCCCCACCGUUCACGCCAGAACCUCCCUGCCAGGAUGUGGCCCGCAUGGAGUUGGAUGGAGACCCGCCGCGCACCCUCUGCUUACAGGCAAUUGUACCGAGUAGGGCCCCCACUUGGCCUGGGUUUUCAGGGAGGGGCCCGUCUAGCCCCGCUGACCUCCACACCAACCCCCCAACCCGUUUCCAGGGGAGGAGGCUGGGCCAUGGGUGAGUAGGCUGGUGGGAGGGGCUGCUUCCUGACCUGUGGAAAGGUGACGGGUUUGUCUCUUGGUGUUGGGGUCUGUCUCUUUGAUGUGGGUGCACGGCGCAGAAUUCUGCCACCAUAGGGGUCCACACGCUCUCUGCUCAGCCGGCCAGCCACCCUGGGGACCAGGCUGUCCGUGCCCAUUUGCACCCCAGCCGCUCUGCUGCGAUAUCCAGCUUUAUUAACCCAAUUUCCUCGGCUGUCGUUAACGCUAUGCUAAUGAGGAGAGGACCUCCGCCCUACAAAGCGGCCUGUCUAAAGCAUUUAACUUUAAUUAAUACAUUUCAAAAGGCCCUUUUGUAUUUGCAAAAUGA